UAUUGGGCAGUUCGUCGUUGACAGCUCCAAGUGCGCUUUGGCUUCUGAGGAAAGGGGUGAGCCCAUGCCAACCGCGAAGAAGCCCCUUCACCGUGGAGGUCCCAGUGAAAUUGCAGGCUUAAAGAAUCCGAGGUUUGCUGGCGACUGUCUAAAAAAUCCCGCUGAAGAAUAUGAAGAAAAACCGAGAAAGAUUCUACAACAAGGAAAGGGAAUUCGUGUACAAAUUCAAGGUGGGAAAUGAGCGCUUUGAACUGAGAGUGCCCCUCAGGUUUCCUGUGGACGAGAAUGUCAGCCAUUUGCACGGACGUCUGAUGCUGCUGCACAAUCUGCCCUGCUUCAUAGAGAACGACUUAAAAGAAGCUCUGAGCCGAUUUGUAGAAGAAGAAUCCCUCAGAGACCAUGACAGAGAGGCUGAAGCAUCCUUGGAUGCUGUUAAAUCAGGUGAAGUAGAUCUGCACCAGCUGGCAAGCGCAUGGGCCAAAGCUUACACUGAGACCACCUUAGAGCAUGCGAGGCCUGAGGAGCCUAACUGGGAUGAAGACUUUGCAGAUGUGUACCAUGACCUGAUCCAUUCCCCAGCCUCGGAAACGCUCCUGAAUCUGGAACAUAAUUACUUUGUUAGCAUCUCAGAACUGAUUGGUGAAAGAGAUGUGGAGCUGAAAAAAUUGCGAGAGAGACAAGGUAUUGAAAUGGAAAAGGUGAUGCAGGAAUUGGGGAAAUCACUCACAGAUCAAGAUGUUAAUUCACUGGCUGCCCAGCAUUUUGAAUCCCAGCAAGACUUAGAGAAUAAAUGGUCAAAUGAACUGAAACAAUCAACAGCUAUCCAGAAGCAAGAGUAUCAGGAAUGGGUGAUAAAACUUCAUCAGGACUUGAAGAACCCCAACAACAGCUCCCUCAGUGAAGAAAUUAAAGUUCAGCCAAGCCAGUUCAGAGAAUCUACAGAUGCUACUGGAAGGAUUUACGAGGAGCAGAGGAAGCUGGAAGAAAGCUUCACCAUUCACUUGGGAGCCCAACUGAAGACCAUGCACAAUCUGCGAUUGCUGAGAGCAGAUAUGCUUGACUUCUGCAAGCAUAAAAGAACUCAUGGAAGUGGUGUGAAACUCCAUCGGCUCCAGACAGCCCUGUCUCUUUAUUCCACAUCUCUCUGUGGCCUAGUUUUACUAGUAGAUAAUCGAAUUAAUUCAUAUAGUGGCAUCAAAAGAGAUUUUGCCACAGUUUGCCAAGAAUGCACAGACUUCCACUUCCCAAGGAUUGAAGAGCAACUGGAGGUUAUCCAGCAGGUGGCGCUGUAUGCGAGAACCCAGCGCAGGAGCAAGUGCAAAGAGGUCCGGGAUUCUGGAAACCAAAAUGGAGGAAGCGAUGAUAAAUCCAAGAAUUCUGAGAGAAACUAUUUAAAUAUUUUACCUGGAGAAUUUUAUAUUACACGUCAUUCGAAUCUCUCGGAAAUCCAUGUUGCUUUCCAUCUCUGCGUGGAUGACAAUGUGAAGUCGGGAAAUAUCACUGCUCGGGAUCCUGCUAUCAUGGGACUCCGAAAUAUCCUCAAGGUUUGCUGUACCCAUGACAUCACAACAAUGAGCAUCCCUCUCUUGCUGGUGCAUGACAUGUCAGAGGAAAUGACUAUACCCUGGUGCUUAAGAAGAGCAGAACUGGUAUUUAAGUGUGUCAAAGGUUUCAUGAUGGAGAUGGCUUCAUGGGAUGGAGGAAUUUCUAGGACAGUGCAAUUUCUGGUACCACAGAGCAUUUCUGAAGAAAUGUUUUAUCAGCUGAGUAACAUGCUCCCCCAGAUCUUCCGGGUCUCCUCAACUCUCACUCUGACAUCCAAGCACUAAACCCUAAUGUGCUAAACCCUAAUGAGAGCAUUUCUCACCUCUCUGGAAGCAAGAACUAUGCUGGAAUCCUGUCAAGCAGAAGGUGCCCAGUGGAACCUGCAACUCAACCACCUGUUAAGUUAUGAUGGAAGAUAUCAAAUAUUCCAAAAAUGUGUGUAUUUUGCAGACUAGAGAUCAGCUCCCAAUUGAAGCAUUUUCUCAGAAAACCCUUCAUAAAAUAAUAUCUCUUUUUUUACUUGUAAGUCCUCUCUGAAUGAUAAUGUUAAAAUGUUUACCAAACAUGGACACUUACCAGCAUGUUCAUUAUAAUUCCAUGGAGCCCUCUUGACUUUCUAAGGCAAGAAGAGUCAUAUCAAAUACAAGCAUAAUUAGUCAUACAUUGUCAAAUCAGAAUUUGAAUAUACAUUGUAAGUAUAUGUUUCUUUGAAAGUGUUUUUUUUUAAGUGUUUUUGUAGUAAUAUAAAUACACCAGACAAAUGUACUUGUUUUAAAUUCUCCUGUUUCAAACCCUGGCUUUUAAUCUACUCUUUCUAAGGUUGUAUAAAUUAGAGUCGGAGAAGGCUUUGAAUUCUU